GGCACGGAAGAGGGGACACUGCCCUGCUCCGGUAGCGCUCCCCCACCCCGUUCAGUCUGGGUCCAGAACAAUGGAGAACUUGUUAUUUAUUUCGAUCCUUGACAGGUUCUUGAAAGUUUUGCAUUUACAGAUCUUAUCUUUGACAGAUAAGAACAUUGAAGUUUUUCUUAUUUAGGAGUUCGACAUGGAGUCAUAUUAUCUUCAAAGGAGUAUUGGUGCAUGUCUGGUUCAAGGUCUUGCAGAAUUAGGAAAAAUCCGCCCAUUGGAUCCAAUAGAAUAUUUAUCAUUGUGGAUUUCCAAGUAUAAAAAAAAUGUGACUGCAGAGCAACUGAGACAAAAGGAAAUGAUUGAACUGGCACGUGAAAGAGAAAUAGCUCUGAUGGAAAAGGAAAUGAUGGAGAGGCUCAAGGCAGAAGAGCUCAUGUUUCAGCAGCAACAGCUGGCGUUCCAGCUACAGUUGGAAAUGCAAGAAAAGGAAAGGCAGAGACAAGAAGAACUACAAAGGGCUCAGGAACAAUUAGAGCAGAUGAGAAUGAACAUAGAAAAUAUGAGGACUGAUGACAUGUCCUAUCUGGAGGACAUCACAACAGAUCCAGGAAAAACACUUGCUGAAAUCAGUGACCGGUAUGGGGCACCUAACCUGAGUAGAGUGGAAGAGCUUGAUGAGCCCAAUCUAUCUGAUGUUGCAUUAAACAUUGAUCAAGAUUUAUAGAAUCAACCAACUCUACAGCAAUAAAUCUUUCUGCUUGUUUCCGGUUUCAAAAUA